CAAGCUGGAAAGAUUGGAUAUUGUGUAGGCCUAAUAGUGUCUUUCUUUGGUUGCCAAUGCUAACACAGUGUAAAAGAACAAAUUAUUUCACUAAAUUCGUCACUUAACACUAAGGUCAGUCUUUUAAACAAAAUACUUGUCUUUAAUAGCCUACAAGAUUUAAAAAAAGUUGCCUUUAGUCUAAUCGUUUUGUUUUGUGGUCAUUUGUUGAUAUGAUCAUAAACGGAUCAGGGUGAUCUCGGUUGAGUUGGUCAGGCGCCGUUGGCUGAUGGGCUUUGAACAGGGUAUUUACUGUAGGCUAGGUGAUCAUGGAUGCGCUGCAGGCCGCGGCAUGUGGGGAUGUUGUGUGGCUCGGUUACAUUCUCCGACGUUCGACCUCGCUGCCUCAGCGCAACAGACAGGGUCUUACUGUGCUGCAUGUGGCCGCUCUUCAUGGGCAGGUCAAGUUCAUGGAGUCUCUACUAGAGGGUGGCAUUAUAGAGGUGGAUGCCCGCUGCCCCCAGGGCCGAACCCCGCUUCACCUGGUCUUCACCCCAAAGAGCGCACCGUGGACCCUGGCCUCCAUAUCAUGCCUGUUGAUGCAUGGAGCACAAGUCAAUGCGGCCACAAAGGACGGUGUGACGCCUCUGCACCAGGCAGCGGCUGAGGGUCUUCUGGAGUGUGUGCAGGCCCUCCUGGAGGCGGGGGCUGACCCACACCUGAGGGAAAUUAAUGGGCACACACCGCUGGACAUGGCCAAGUUGUGGUGCCACCGUCAGGUUGCACGGUUCCUGAAAGAUGCCAUGUGGCAGAAGGAUAAAAAGACAGAGGUGAAGCAAAGGAAGAAGCUCCACAAGCUCAAAGAGACUCUACAGUUCUGGCACCAUCGUAACGAGUGUAAAGACAAGUUUGACAGGCAGGAUGUGUCUGAGGAGAGGGUGGCUGCCUGGGCCAAACACAAGGGCGUCCCUGUGCAGUGGAGGCCAGAGAGGGGCUGCUGGCUCCCCCACCACACCCAGUGCACCUCUACGGAUCCUCCAGCCGCCAGACACCAGGAGCGGCACCAAGGUCAGCCUAAGGCACCUCGAGAGGCCUGGAAUGUGUCCCCAAACCCCAACAGACCUCCCAAAGCCUCCACGAGCCGACCUCAAGGGGUGCGCACCAGCACCCGCCCCGAGAGGGUGGCACCGCCACCGGACCUGCGCCAGAGCGUCACGCUGACCCAAGAGCCCAGAGGCCGCACCUUUUACAAGACGUGCUGGGAGGACAAGCCCCGGACUGCCCCUGACCUGCCCUUGAGCACCCUGAAGAGGGAGCUCUUCCCGGCGGACUACCCCUCACGCCUAGAGUCCCCGCUGGACUUCCAGAGCCACUCGGUGCUGGACUUGCCCCGGCGCCGGUGUCCAUCACCAGAAAACGGAGCGUCCCCCUGGACUGAAAUCGCCAUGCACCUGGUGGAGGAGAUGAAACCAGGACAAUACUAGGGAAAGGACUGCUGUCUCCGAGUUACAGUUUCUGUUUAUGACAGUGGUCACUCAUGAGAGAUUUCCUGCAAAGAAUUUGACCGAAACUUAAAGGUACUAUGGAGUUUACAUUAAAAAAUGACCUGCAAAUA